CUAUAAUUAAAGCUGUCGUUUUCAUUGAACUUAGUUUUGAUCAGAGCACCGGGGAAACGCGUGUGUGUGUGUGAAUCGGAGGGGAGGAGAUGCUGAACACAUAUUGAUCGUUAAGAGAGCGCGAGAUUAGUAACACAUCAUCACGCGGUCCUAUGCUUUAAAACUGUUUUGAGGUCGACUUCUCCCUCUGAGAGGAUGCUUGUUCAGGGAUGAGAAAAGGUCUCGGUUCCGAACAGAAGUUGUGACUUUAUUCGGAGUUUUGGUUCAUCUUGCUCAUGCAAUACCAGUAUCAUGGCAGCCUUCAAGGGUGUGUGGACUCAGGAAUUCUGGCGAGCUGUUUCAGGGGAGUUUUUAGCCAUGAUAAUAUUCGUACUGCUCAGUUUGGGCUCCACCAUCAACUGGGCAGCAACACAGGAGAAGCCUCCGCCCGCUGACCUUGUCCUGAUCUCUCUUUGCUUUGGUUUAUCCAUUGCAACCCUCGUCCAGUGUUUUGGGCACAUCAGCGGUGCCCACAUCAAUCCGGCCGUCACCACGGCGAUGGUUGCUACUCGGAAGCUGAGUCUGGCAAAGGGAGUGUUUUAUUUGUUGGCGCAGUGUCUGGGGUCAGUGGUGGGGGCGGCCAUCUUGUACGGAGUGACACCAGCAUCAGUCAGAGGAGGAAUGGGAGUGACUUCUGUCAAUGCUGAAAUCUCCACUGGUCAUGCAUUUGUGAUAGAGCUCAUAAUCACUUUUGAGCUUGUCUUCACUGUCUUUGCCACCUGCGACCCCAAACGCAAUGAUCUCAAAGGUUCAGCAGCACUGGCUAUUGGUCUGUCGGUGUGCAUCGGCCAUCUGUUUGCUAUCCCAUACACUGGAGCCAGUAUGAAUCCAGCUCGCUCUUUUGGGCCUGCAGUCAUCAUGGCAAAAUGGCAGGACCACUGGGUGUACUGGGUGGGCCCUUUAAUAGGGGGCAUCCUGGCUGCAGCUGUGUACGAAUAUCUAUUCUGUCCUGACCCUGACCUGAAGCAGCGCUAUGCUGACGUCCUCUCCAAAAGCCCCUUUCAAACUGACACGUAUCGGGUGGUGGACACAGAUUCGUACCCCAGAGAUCAAGCUCAGUUCAUGACCAAGCAGGCGGCGUUCAGAGUGCUGGACCUGGAGAGGCCAGAGAAGAAAGAGAGGGAGCUGGCUGGAGAGGUGCUGUCGUCGGUAUGACUAGUGAGAGGCACUGAGGAGGAACAGCACAGCACUUCCAACAUUAAUGAGCUCAAAGAGACAGAUCUGAUCUAGAGUCACACUGCUUUUGUGUACAGAGCCUCUACUGAAUGACUCACAACACUUGACUUUAAUCAUUAAUGAGCUAUUAACCACCGAAUGGUCUCGCUUAAAACACUCUUCCUUGUAUGCCAGUCACAGGCCAUAAACCUUGUGUCCAAUAGAACCCACUUUGAAAAUUUUAGUCAGUCGAUGAACAUCCUUUAGCAGAUGUACCUCAUGGACUACUGAAUCAGUAACUAAGUGGGAUUCUCACAUCUAAGCAAAUGUAACACUUUUGUUUGGUCCACUGAUUAUUACCUGGCCAUCAGGGUUGAGAUUAGAUCAUCACCAUAGUAAUGCAGAUCAUGCACUCUCUAUGAAUUAACCCUUUCUGUCCUCAUGGUCUCCCUUUUAAAUCUAAUGUUGUUUUUCUAUAUAUAAGUUUUUUAUUGUUGUUGUUUCUUUAAGGUUACUAAUGUUAUGUCUUUGAAUGUUGCUGUCAGAAAUAUGUGCAAAAGUGCAACCCCUGAAUGAGUUUUAUUUUCUGUUUGAGCCGAUAAUGCAUGAUUUAUCCACUUAUAAUUUUACUUGCCAUUUUCCCCUUUUAAAUCUGAUGUUGUUUUGAGUAUUUCCCUAUUUCAGAUUUUAUAAUGUUAUGUCUUUGAAUGUUUCUAUCAAACAAUUGCAACCCUGUGUGUUUUUUUUUAUAUUUUAUUUUUUAUUAUAUAUAUCACCUAAUCAGUGAUUUUUUUUUUUUACUAAUGUUUGAGAUUCAUUUUCUUUUAAGUGUUCAGAAGUAUAUUUUCUGAUUGAUACACGUCACAAUCAAGAAUAAUCACAUUCUCAGUUCUUUCAUAUUAAUAGCCAAUUUGUUAAUAAAAGUAUGUUAUUUUAAGCUUUUUAUUUUACUAAUGUGUUUGAUCCAUAAAAUUAAG